GCGGUUACAAAAAAGUCACAUGUGGCACUUUGGGGUUAGCAUCAGCUGUUUUUUUGAACGAUGUGAACAAUUUCCUACAGUAACGGGAAGCAGUAGUGGAUAAAAAAUGAACAAAAUUGUGUUUUUAUUUUUAUUUAUGUUUAGUUGCUACGAAAUUUCUCUUUCUUCUGAAUUAAAGCAACCUACUAUCGUGAUUGCCAUUCUAAUAAGGAACAAAGCCCAUACACUGCCCUAUUUUCUUUCGCUUAUAGAAAACAUUAACUACCCCAAAAGUCGCAUCUCUCUGUGGUUGAGAAGUGACCACAACAUUGACAAAUCCAUAGAGAUCCUUAACUUAUGGCUUGAAAACGUUUACGAACAGUAUCAUUCGGUUAACACCAAAUUUUCCGAAGACAAGAGAUUCGAUGACGAAACGGGAUUCGCACAUUGGUCCACCUCACGCUUUAAACAUGUCAUGUCAAUGAGAGAAGAAGCGUUAAACUACGCUCGAAAUGUGUGGGCCAAUUAUAUACUUAUGAUCGACGCUGAUGCAUUCUUAAUUGAUCCGGAUGUUUUAAACUCUCUAAUUUCGAAAGACCUCACUGUGGUUUCGCCAGUUUUAAAAUCGGUGGGAUUAUAUUCGAAUUUCUGGGCGGCAAUGAGCAGUGAUUACUAUUACAAUCGAUCAGACGACUAUGAACCAAUACUCUAUCGUCAAAAGGAGGGCUGUUUCAUUGUCCCAAUGGUACACUCUUCUGUUUUAAUAAACUUAAUGAAAGAAGAAUCGGACCAUCUCACUUAUGAUCCCGGAAAAGUACCUAACUACGAUGGGCCAGUCGAUGACAUUAUUGUUUUUGCACUAUCCGCAAAUAAAUCAGGUGUUAGCUUGAAUGUGUGUAACAAUAAGGUGUUCGGUUUUAUAAUGGUGCCACUUGAACAAGACGAUGACUUAGAAUAUGACUACUUACAAUUAACUAAUUUAAAGUUAGAAGUGCUAGUGGAAAAUGAGCCAUUGAGAGUGAAUCAGUUAUUCGAGCCCUAUAUUAGUUUACCUAAAAAAGACAAAAUGACGUUUGACGAAGUUUACAUGAUCAACUUGUUACGAAGAGACGAUCGGAGAAAACGCAUGUUUGCCUGUUUUGACGAAUUGGGCUUGGAUGUCAACACACUUUCUGCCGUUGAUGGAAAGCAACUAAAUGACAGCGUUCUUCAACACAUAACGUUUUUAAAAGGCUAUUACGAUCCCUACCAUAAAAGACCCAUGACGUUCGGUGAAAUUGGAUGCUUUCUCAGCCAUUAUAACAUAUGGAAUGAGGUCGUCAUGCAUGAAUACAGGACUAUUCUCGUUUUAGAGGAUGAUGUACGAUUUGAACCUUUCUUUAGAGCGAAAGUGGAACGCCUAAUGGACGAACUCGAUAAUCUUGGCGAGUGGGAUUUGGUAUAUUUCGGGCGUAAGCGCUUACAAGAAAAGGAAGAGCCUUGGGUGGAAGGCUCCAAAAUGCUCGUAAAAGUUGGUUAUUCAUAUUGGACGUUGGGAUACGCGUUGAGUUUAAGUGGGGCACGCAAGCUUUUAGCCGCCGAACCUCUUAGUAGAUUACUUCCAGUUGACGAGUACCUACCGAUAUUGUUUGACAGACAUCCAGUCAGCGAAUGGAAGGAGCAGUUCCCUAAAAGAGAUUUGAUCGCGUUUUCAGUGGCUCCUUUGUUACUCUAUCCAACGCAUUACACGGGAGAGAAGGGCUACAUUAGCGACACCGAAGAUUCUAGCACAGUCAACGUACCUUCAAUACCUGCCAGAUCUGACUUAUAAAUUUAGUUUGUAAUUUCUUGUGUGCCAUUAUAAAUAACUUUUGCUUCAAUUAUUACGUGACAAAAGCAUUUGUAUUAAUAUUGAAAGGAAUAAAUUACAUUUUUUUAGA